AGCAUUUGUUGUUUCGGUCCGAGAAGUAAAAGCAUUUGUCAUCAUGGCGCUAGAGUCGUUGUGUGGAGUUCCUCGAAAUUUUGGAUUUGGACAGAAAUCAGAAACGGAAGAUGAUCUAUUAAAUUAUGUAGAUAAAAGCUGCGGAAAUCUUUUCCGUCAUACGGAACUUGCUUUACCGCCUCUUAACGAUCCUUCUACUGCAUAUGCAGCAUUCAACAGAGAUGCGCAUGGUAAUCGUAUUUCAAUUAAGUUCAACAAAGGAACUACCACACUUGCUUUCCAGUAUCGUGGAGGAGUUGUUGUUGCUGUAGAUUCUAGAGCAACUGGUGGUUCAUUCAUUG